AUGGCCUCUUCCUGUGGCUCAGCAGGAGAUGAUCCACUUAAAAGAAAGUUCGCUGAUUCAGGCACUUCGCUUACUACAUGUCUUAAUUCAACGUCCAUCUCUCGCCUCCUGCUUCGUGCAAAACAUUUUCUCCUACUCAUUGAUCUUUUAUUUAUCCUUCUCCCCCCUCUCUCUCUCUCUCUCUCUCUCUCUCUCUCUCUUUCUCUUUUUAUCACAUUAUCUCCCCUUAUCACUUUUCUACCUCGUCUUCUCUCUUUCUGGUACUCUUUUUCUUUACUCUGUCUCGGUUACUCUUCUAUAUCAUUCUGUUUCUCUCAUCUCUUUUAUUCUUUUUCUUUCUCUCUUUCUUUCUCUUUUUUUCUCCUCCUAUCUCUCACUCACUCAUCUACUCUCUUUCUUUCUGAUUCUCCUAUUUCUCUAUUUCUAUCUUUCUCUUAUUCCGCUCUUUAUCUUACUUCUAUAUCUCACUAUUACUCUUUCUCUUUCUAUUGUAUAUCGGUCUCCCUUCUCUUAUUCUCCUCUUUCUUUAUCUCCCCUCCCUUUCUCAUUGCUUUUUCCUCCCUUUCGUCUUCAUCUCUUACUCUCCUUUUCUUUUAUCAUUUCUUUAUUUUUCUUCUUUUUUUUCUAUUUCACUUGUUCCUUAAUAUUCCAUUCCAUUUAUAUUCGUACAUUAAAUCUGUUUAUAUCUAUCUGUCUAUCUAUCUGUCUGUUCGUAUCAAUCUAUCCAUCUAUCUGAAUCUCUUCUUUAUUUUUCUAUCUUCCAUGCCAAUCUAUCUUUUUAUGUUCAUAUCUAUCUAUCUAACUGGAUCUCUUCUUCACCUAUCUAUCUAUCUAUCUAUCUAUCUAUCUAUCUAUCUAUCUAUCUAUCUCAGUCUGUUCAUUAUAUAUCUAUCAAUCGAUUAA